CUUCGCACGCGAGUUUUGUCGGAGGAUUGAAGGGCGGGAGAACAUCGGCGGAGAUCUCGCUGAUCCGGCGAGCAAUUGCCGGAGAUUGGCCGGAGUCUUGAUAAAUUUGCUUCCUUUGUAGAUCCAGUGGAGGUCUGAGCCCAAGGAGAGCAGCGGCAGCGGCGGCGGCGGCGGGUAAGGAUGUACGUUGCCCCGCCGCCACAGGAUACUGAUCCAGUUGCUGCGGCGAUGGCGAGAGGAGGAUCUCCGAGGGUUUAUGAGGUUUGGAGAGGAAGCAAUGUGUUCUUUCUCGGAGGGAGGUUUAUAUUUGGGCCUGAUGUCAGAUCUUUAUUCCUCACAAUAUUCCUCAUUGUUGUUCCAGUUGCAGUAUUCUGUGUAUUUGUUGCGAGAAAGCUAAUGAACCACUUUCCGCAUCAUCUAGGAAUAUCCAUCAUGGUUGUUGCUGUUGCAUUCACAUUAUAUGACUUGACUCUUCUUCUCCUCACUUCUGGAAGAGAUCCUGGUAUUAUACCUCGUAAUAUGCAUCCUCCUGAACCAGAUGCCGUUGAGGGGAGCUCUGAUGUCGGAGGUGAACAAACUCCACAGUUUCGUAUACCUCGAAUGAAGGAUGUCACUGUCAAUGGGAUCACUGUAAAGGUUAAAUACUGUGAUACUUGCAUGCUGUACCGACCUCCACGUUGUUCUCACUGCUCAAUCUGCAAUAACUGUGUUGAACGGUUUGACCAUCACUGCCCUUGGGUCGGGCAAUGCAUUGGCCGUAGAAAUUACAGAUUCUUUUUUAUGUUCGUCUUCUCAACAACUCUACUCUGUAUUUAUGUUUUCGGAUUCUGCUGGGUGUACAUUAAGAAGAUCAUGGAUGCUGAGCAUACGAACAUCUGGAGAGCAAUGCUCAAGACUCCGGCCUCAAUUGCAUUGAUCAUAUACACAUUUAUCUCAGUUUGGUUUGUCGGCGGCCUUUCAGUGUUCCAUCUUUAUCUUAUCAGUGGCAACCAGACAACAUAUGAGAAUUUUAGAUACCGCUAUGACCGGCGAGAUAAUCCAUAUAACCGGGGAUUGGUGGUGAAUUUCAAGGAAGUCUUCUUCACAAGCAUUCCUCCUCCAAAGAGUAAAUUCCGUGCUCGAGUGCCACCCGAUGAAGGAAUGAAGUCAAGCUCAAUGAAGUCAAGCUCAUUCAGUGAAGGUUUUAUCAGCCCAAGCAUGGGCAAAGCUGCCAGAGAUCUUGGGAUGGGUGUGAAGCCGAUGACUUGGGGUGAAGCCAGAACAAUGGGUGAUUUAGAAGCGGUAAUGAGCAACGACGCAGCAGAGGACAAGGACAGCAGAAUCAACAAUGCAUCUCCGGAUCCAAUGCAGAGAAUUUCUUCAGAGGGGUUGGAAGGACAAGCAUUGAUGCAACCAAGGAGGUCGAGCUGGGGUAGAAAGAGUGGGAGCUGGGAUAUUUCGCCCGAUAUCAUGACUUUAGCAUCAGGAAUCGGUGAUUCGAAUCGACUUAGCAGUGACAGCAGUCGUCGUGCUAGUAUCAACUAUUCCAAUAGAUAGAAUUUCAUCGCAAAUUGUGAUUCUGUCUAUUGAGCUUUCACUUUCAUAGGUUGUUGUUCUUCAUGAAAGUUUAGUAUACUGUCAUUGUGUGCAAUUGAGGGAACUUGGUGUUGUUUUUGUUGCUUUAGAGCAUUCAUUGUUGGCUGGUCAUUUUGUAUAUAAUUCUUAUUGUCUAGACAAUGGCAAUGUUUGUUUUCAAUGUGUUUAUGUUUGUUUAGAAAGCAGAGCAAAAGUUUAUGUGCUA